ACCCAUGUUACAACUUAGCCAAAACCUGCCCAUUGUCCCCACUUUUUUCUAUAAAAUCCUCCCCACUCCAUUUCAUCCCCUAAACCCUACUUAACCUCUUCACCUUCAUCAUCAUCAAACCCUCUCCUUCAACUUUAAUCUUCCUAAGAUCAUAAAAAAUGUGUUCCUCGAAACCGAAAUUGCAACGAAGUGUUAGUGUCUCUGCAAUGUCCGCGAAACUGAUCAACCAGCGUCCAGUUCUCCAGCCAACCGGCAACCAAUUUCCAAGCUUGGAACAAAAAAAGUCUCCUAAGAAAAGCUCCCAAGAAACUAAUGUUCCAACUCCUCUUCCUUCACCAGUUCCAACUACUAAAACUAAGGCCUCACUUUCUCCUCCUAUCUCUCCCAAGUUGCCUUCACCUCGACAGCCUGCGUUUAAGCGAGGUAAGGAUCCCAAUCAGCUGAAUUCUAGUGCUGAGAAGGUUGUAAUGACGCCUCGUUGUGCAACCAAAUCCACAAAUUUUUUGAAAAAAUCGAAGAAAUCUAGUGGCGUUGCACCUUCUGCUGAAAGUGUGUUGAAGAAUAUAUCGUCUUUGAUAGUAGAGGCACCAGGAAGCAUAGCAACUGCAAGGAGGGAGCAAGUAGCAACAAUGCAAGAACAGCGAAAGAUGCGAAUUGCACAUUACGGAAGAAUAAAGUCUGCCAAGUAUGAAGGGAAAGUUGUUCCUCUUGAUUCUUCACAACCGAAUGAUUUCAGUCAAGAGAAAAGGCGAUGCAGUUUCACCCCUAAUUCAGACCCAAUAUAUGUUGCUUACCAUGAUGAAGAAUGGGGAGUUCCCGUCCAUGAUGACAAUAUGUUGCUUGAAUUGCUACUGUUAACUGGUGCUCAAGUGGGAUCAGAUUGGACUUCAGUCCUGAGGAGAAGGGAAACAUUGAGGGAGGCUUUUUCAGGGUUUGAUGCAGAUGUUGUGGCUAAAUUUAGUGAAAAGAAGAUAAUAUUGUGUUCUGAUUCUGGCAUAGAUAUAAGCCUUGUUCGAGGAGCUGUUGACAACGCUAAGAGAAUUCUUGAGAUAAAGAGGGAAGUGGGAUCAUUUGACAAGUACUUGUGGGGAUUUGUGAAUCACAAACCAAUAUCUACCCAAUACAAGUCAUGCCACAAGAUACCUGUGAAGAACUCCAAGUCAGAGGCCAUCAGCAAAGACAUGGUUAGAAGGGGUUUUAGGCACGUCGGUCCCACUGUGAUUCACUCCUUCAUGCAAGCAGCUGGCCUCACUAACGACCACUUGAUCACCUGCCCAAGGCACCUCCACUGCAUCCCUUCACCAUCAUCACCCAUGAUUUGAUCACAACAGUUCUGAUGGAACACACAUGUUUGCUUAGAUGGCAUAGAAUAGCUAGGAAUAUCCAAAUUAUAGCAUAAUAAGCUUAUUCUCUAACUCUAGAUGUUUGGUUUGUAGUUUGUAAUAUAGUUGUUGUUUGUCUUUAAGCAAGGUAGAAAUUCUCUGUGCAUGAUGUCUGUUCUUUUCUAAAGGACGGAUUUUGCAUCAAUAAUGUAAUUUGCAACUUAUGGAAGACAAUCUUAUCUAUCAAUGUUAUCGACAUCUUAUCAAAAGUUGUCUGGUCCUUAAAUUCA